UACAUCGUCGGUUACAUGAGUGUCGAUCAUGCGAGAGAAUAUCACUCGAAUUUGUCUCAGUUGAAAUUCCUUAAUUCCAUUCCAAGAGGAAGAAUAUCGUUCAAUUUGAAUCACAAUAUUGAUAAUGCUGUAAAGCGAACCACAGACGAUAAUGACGAAAAAAUAAACUUGCUGUUGAAGUUUCUUCUGGACCAAAACAAAAGAUUAUCAAAGGACAUACCCGAUGUUGAUUGGAUGUUCAUAAGUUAUAGGAGAACUUUAAUAUCGGUUAUGUGCUGCGUAAUCGGCGGCGCUGAGCCAGUACGUGUAGUAGGUACCUUAUUUGAAGGAGCCAUUUAUCUAUGUUCUAUGGAAACACCACAACAAGUACAAAGAAGAAUAUCUAGAAAUAGACAGGAUGAUAAAUUUUGUGCUUGGGGCUAUAAGUUUGAGCAAUACUUGCUUUCAGAUCUUCCUACACUUCCACCUGACAUUCAAAAACCAGUAAUAGAAAACGAAGAGUUCUCCAUAUUCUAUAGAGCAACUCUAGGCAGACAUGAACUGUUGUAUGGAGCACAAAUUGAUGGAUUAUUGGCUACAGAGGGAAUAAAAACUAACCCAGAGACAACCACAAAUGUUGAUAAAAACUUAGAAUAUCUAAGAAACAACUUAUUUGUUGAAUUAAAAACAAAUAGAUUAAUACAUCAUAGAAGGCAAGAAGAUAACUUUAAAAAAUACAAACUAUUCAGAUGCUGGUGUCAGUGCUAUUUAGCAGACUUGAAGGGUCUUCUUGUGGGAUACAGGAAUGAUGAAGGCAUUAUACAGAGAUUGCAAUGGUUUUACACUACAGAAAUAGUCAGAUAUUGCAGGAAUUUGUGGGAUCCUCAAACUGCAGUAGAUUUUUUGGACUACUUCUUAACAUUUGCGCAGCUAUGCUUUAAAAAUGAAGUAACUAAAACUCUUGAGAAGAACUACAAUUUAAAAAAUGUUGAACCAAUAACUAUACAAUUUGAUAUUGAUGCUAAUAAAUUAAUCAAAGUUACUCGUGUCAAUGAUAUCAUUUUACCAGAGUGGUACAUGCAAGCUAAAAGGAAAAUAAAUAUAUAAUUA